CAGUAAACCUUCCCUCCGGCCAAUCUUGCAAACAGGGUGCGGCACUAAUUGGAGUUGAGCGUUGGGCUAGCGCAUGGGAAAGUCCAAAGGUCGCGCGAUGGAAGCAAAGCCGAAGCGGAGUAGGGAGGAAGAAUGCCCCCCUGGCGGCUCCACGGGCAGCAAGAAGCCCCGGGUAGCUGCAGGAGAGGAGCCCGUGGCCGCGGAAAUGAGUGACGUGUACCGCUGUAGGGUAUUUCUAGAGGGCAUCACCCAACGCUGGAGGAACAAGGAAAUGAUGAAAAAAGAGGAUGGCAGAGUGGCUCUCUACAAUAGGCCCUACCAGCUGUGUGUACUUCCUGAUUUCAUCACCAGCAGGAGCAGCAAGGACUACCUCCACCGGCUCCGAGAGGAACUUUCGAGACUCAAGUUUGCGGAGAAGAACAAUGACUUAUACCAGUUUCACCAGGGAGUUUUGAAUGUGUGGCUAAUGAAAGGUAUAAAAGGGCCUGAGAAGAGAUGAAGCAUCAAACUAGAGUGACCUGAAUUAGUCUUGAAUCAACCGAUCUUGAGCACACUUAGACGCCUUUUUCCAAAACUCCCCGCCUAGCGAAUCACCUUUAGUCACCAUGAUCUGCAACUACCUCAAGAAGACGCUCUCGACUGUGGCAGUGUGUGUGGUGCUCUGGGCUCUCUGCUGCUCGUCUGCCCCAAACACUCGACGAUCUGCAGCUACAGCCAAUUGCUCCACCAACUACCAGCCCGCCUCAGCUGCCGUGCAACUUGCAAACGGUUUUGAAGUUGCAGAGCAUUUCACGAAAGCUGUGUCUGCCCCUGGGAACACGACAUUCUACACAACACUAGUCAGUCUGUCACAGAUAGCUAUCCGACUGGACAAUGCCGUGGGCCUUCUCAAUUCCCCCAACACCUCAUCGUCUACUUCCACUCAUACCUGCAAAAACAGCAACAGCAGUAGCAACAGCAGUAGCAAUGCAACAAGCAGCAGUAGUAGUUCCAGUAGCCUCGAGCUACGAGCUCUGUCUGCUGUUGUGAGCCAAGUUGUCAAGGAUGCUUGCAACUAUGUAUUGGAGAUCUCAACAGUUGACCACCAAGUAAACUGUGAGGACCUGAAUGAAGUGGCCACCUGGUCUCUCCACCUCUACAACUCACCGAGAGGCCAGUCUCAACGCAGAGACUCGCUGACCAUCGCUGAGGCGUAUUCAGUUCACAGACUGCUGCCAGGGAUAUUCCCAGAUGGUGCCACUGCAGAUCCUGGCCUGGUGAAACAGUGGUCUGAUGACCUGAAGCGGUUCAAGUCUCCUUGCAUCACUGCAUUUAGAGAUGUCCUCAGAGAGCAAGUCUUGCCCUGGCUGGGGCAGGUGACUGGAAUACAGCUCACCACUCAAAUUGACAUCACCUGCUCCAAAUAUGAGUUCACAGAUUACCUGCUCUGUCAUGAUGACCGGCUGGAGGGCAGGAGAAUUGCAUUCGUCUUCUACCUGGUCCAGGACUGGACACCUCUGGAUGGAGGUAAUUUGGAGCUGUUUGAUACUGACGAGAAUGGCCACCCACACGAGGUGGCAGUCUCCAUUCCUCCAGUGUGGAACAACUUUGUCUUCUUCGAAGUCACCCCCGCUUCCUUCCACCAGGUAUCGGAGGUGCUGCAGUCAAUGAAGACACGUCUCUCUAUCAGUGGAUGGUUCCAUGGACCUGAGGUCCCCAGACCAUUACCUAAACCCCUCCCACCACCUCCCAUGACUCCUCCCAUCCCCGCUGAUUUGGCGGUGUUGUCAGAGUGGGUGAGUCCAGUCUACCUGGACAUUGGUACACAGAGCCAGAUCCAGUCACAGUUUGAGGUGGACUCUCAGAUUGAACUACCAAACUUCCUCCUGGAGACUAAGUAUGAAGAGUUGUGUGGGGAGCUAAUGGGGCAGCAGUGCAAAUGGACUGCCAAGGGACCUCCAAAUAAGAGGCCGGCUAAAAAGUGACAAUGGGUUCAGCACUAUAUACACUUGCCUGAAAAACUAAUGACAAUGGGUCCAGUCCAUGGUAUAUAGCUCACCCAAUGUAUAUAAUAUCCAUUGCUACUACUACUACUUUAGAUACUAAAGAUGCUAUACUGGCUUUAAAAUACUGCGCCUGCUAAAAAGUGAUCUCAAUGACAAUGGUUUCAGUUUGGAGCUCUAAGGCACCAGUCCAUCACUGAUCUUACUUGGCCCACUGGCUCACUAAUGACGUGUAAACCAAGUGAACAAGGCAGAAUAUAGCAAUGUUGUUGCCUACUCUCUCUAUUACAGACGUGUGCAUGUGGCA